AUGACCACCCCCCAAACCUACCACAUCUUCGGCCAAACCCUCGCCACCAGCCUCUCCCCGACCCUCCACAACGCCGCCUUCGCCCACCACCGCCUCCCCCACCACUACACCAUCCAAGAAUGCCCCUCCCUCGCCGCCGUGCAACACCUGAUCAAUGCCCCCACCUUUGGCGGCGCCAGCGUCACCAUGCCGCACAAGCUGGCCGCCUUCCCGCUGUGCGAUGCAGUCAGCGACGCCGCGCGACAGAUCGGGGCGAUCAACACCCUGAUCGCGGAGACGCGGGACGGGAAACGUGUAAUCACCGGCGACAAUACCGACUGGCGGGGGCUGUACGAGCUCGUGGUGGAGUAUCUCGCUGGUUGUCUCAGUUCCAGUCGCGACGAUGAAGUCGGAGCCGGUGGUGGUCCCGCCACUUCGCUCAAUCCGGGCCUCACCUCCAGAAAAACAGGCCUCGUCCUCGGGGCGGGCGGUGCAGCCCGCGCCGCAGUCUACGCUCUCCUGCAGGCGAACUUCGCCCGGAUUGUGGUCGCCAACCGGACGGUCGAUAAGGCGGGCACGAUUGUUCGGGAUUUCGAGGGGUUAGCGGGGCCCAAUGGAGCAACAUGCGAGCUGGUGGCCGUGGAGUACCCGAUUCCUGCGGUGGAAAGGGUGAGACCGGAUGUCGUGAUCGGGACGGUGCCGGGGGAUGUGGUCGUGGAGGCGGAUGUAGAGGGGCUGUUCGCGGGACAGGAGCACGAGCACGGGCACGGCUUGGUGGUGGAGAUGGCGUACAAGCCCCGGGUGACGGGGUUGAUGCGCGCGGGGCAGCAGGCCGGCUGGGAGGUGCAGGAUGGGCUGGAGGUGUUGUUGAGGCAGGGGUUUGUGCAGUAUUCCCUGUGGACGGGGAGGGAGGCCCCUGUGGAGGUGAUGCGGGGGAGUAUUGAAGGGGAAGAUCCUACAAGCCCAACCCCUCCACCAACAGCUCUCACGCCCUCAUCCGCCUCCGCCAUCGAGCGCGAGAACAGCUCCAUCGACAACCACCCUUCAAACUUGAGUUCUUUCAAAAACGCCCUCGCCCCCUCCACAACAGGCAGAUAUACCCGCCCUUCUCCUGCUCAAACAAGAACAAUCUCGCAUUCCGACUCCAGCUCAUCCUCGCCGGCUGACCCUCCAGGCGCGGCCGACGGACAUGGACGCGAUGGCGGGGAUGCAGGGCAUGGUGGCUGGUUGUGGGAUUUUAGUUGA